GGCGGGGGCGGGGCCGGGGUGGUGCCAGGCUGCAGCGGGCCGGGCAAGAUGGCUGCCGUGGAGGCCGAGCUCGGGCUGCCGUUCACCCUGGAGUCGCUGCCCACCGACCCCCUUCUGCUCAUCUUAUCCUUCGUGGACUACAGGGACCUAAUCAAUUGUUGCCAUGUCAGUCGAAGACUCAACCAGCUCUCAACUCAUGAUCCUUUGUGGAGAAGACAUUGCAAAAAAUACUGGCUGAUAACCGAGGAAGAGAAAUCCCGGAAGAAACAGUGCUGGAGAUCUCUCUUCAUAUCUACUUACUCAGAUGUAGGAAGAUACAUUGACCAUUAUGCUGCUAUUAAAAAGGCCUGGGAUGACCUCAAGAAGUACUUGGAGCCCAGGUGUCCUCGGAUGGUUUUAUCUCUGAAAGAAGGCGCACGUGAGGAAGACUUGGAUGCUGUGGAAGCUCAGAUUGGUUGCAAGCUCCCUGAUGAUUACCGCUGUUCAUAUCGGAUUCACAAUGGGCAGAAGUUAGUGGUUCCAGGGUUGCUGGGAAGUAUGGCACUGUCCAAUCACUAUCGCUCUGAAGAUUUACUAGACGUCGAUACGGCUGCCGGAGGAUUUCAGCAGAGACAGGGACUGAAAUACUGCCUCCCUUUAACCUUCUGCAUCCACACGGGCUUGAGUCAGUACAUAGCUGUGGAAGCUGCAGAGGGCCGGAAUAAAAACGAAGUGUUCUACCAAUGUCCAGACCAAAUGGCUCGGAAUCCUGCUGCUAUUGACAUGUUUAUCAUAGGUGCUACUUUUACUGACUGGUUUACAUCCUAUGUCAACAAUGUUGUAUCAGGUGGUUACCCCAUCAUCAGAGACCAGAUUUUCAGAUAUAUUCAUGACCCAGAGUGUGUAGCAACAACUGGAGAUAUUACAGUUUCAGUGUCCACAUCAUUUCUGCCAGAACUCAGCUCUGUCCACCCACCACACUAUUUCUUCACAUACCGAAUCAGGAUUGAAAUGUCAAGGGAAGCACUUCCGGAGAAGGCCUGUCAGUUGGACAGUCGCUACUGGAGGAUAACGAAUGCUAAAGGGGAUGUGGAAGAAGUUCAAGGACCUGGAGUAGUUGGUGAAUUUCCAAUUAUUAGCCCAGGUCGGAUAUAUGAAUACACAAGCUGCACCACAUUUUCUACAACAUCAGGCUAUAUGGAAGGGUAUUAUACCUUCCAUUUUCUGUACUUUAAGGACAAGGUCUUUAAUGUUGCCAUCCCCCGAUUCCACAUGGCAUGUCCAACAUUCAGGGUGUCUAUAGCCCGAUUGGAAAUGGGUCCUGAUGAAUAUGAGGAGAUGGAAGAGGAAGCUGAGGAGGAGGAAGAAGAAAAUGACUCAGCAGACAUGGACGAAUCAGAAGAAUCAGAGGAGGAUGAGAAUGAAUCAGAUGAGGGUCAAGGGGAGGAGAGACGGAGGAGGGUCUUUGAUGUGCCCAUUCGCAGACGCCGCUGCUCGCGACUCUUUUAGCUGCUGCUGCUGCUGCUGCAGGAAGCUCUGGGAUGGCUCUUUGUUAAAUAGAUCUGUCAAUAAUGUAAAUAAUUAUGCUCAGCAUAUAGCAGAAUUAGCAUGACCUAUUGUUCCAGACCUAGGUUCUCCAUGACACUACAUUAGGAGUUGGAUUGCUUUGGUUUGUUUUGUGGUUGUAGGUAGAGGAAGAAAUGGGAAUCUUAUUUUCUCUCCCAGAAGUCAGUAUAAGAGCAGUUCUGUAGCUACAGAACAGAUGUUUCUGUGUUUAAAAUAUUUUCUACUUUAAAAACAAAACAAGACACAGAAGUGAAAGAAGAAUUGUUUUCGCUGGGGAUUUUACAUGUAGCAGAAACACACAGACAAGGGUAGAAGGAAACUGUGACUAACUGAAAACACACCUUUUUAGUUGUUUAGAAACAAAGAAAACUUGUAAUUAGCCCAAUCCACUUCAUGGUUGUUAACAUUUUAUACUCACAGGAAACUAAUUGACUAACUUGAAUGGGAAUAGUUGGCCUCUCUUAGACAAUCUGUCCUUGAAUUUAGUCUUUGUCACACAAAGCUUGAGUUGCAAAUUUUCAUCCUUAACUUUUGUCUUCAACAUGAUAACUUUGGACUUUAAAAGUUAAAGUUCUCACGCUAUGACCUUUCUCACAUUAUUUACAGAUUCAUCGUUUUAAAUGUAGUUUGUUUGUAAAGGUAUGUAGUGUUGUUAAAGAUUCUUCACAAUGUUUCAUUGAGUCUAAAUUUGUAAAUAAGCAUUCUGUUUUGUUUCUUUAUAUACAUUUGUCAAACUUUGUGGUAAGUGAUCUGAAUUUUAUGUUAGGGUUCAGGAUAUUUCCCUGAAACAUGAAUUUUUUCUGUAAUUAUAUAAUUGAGAGUUUGGAAUGAAAUCCUUCAAGUGUCAAAAACUCAUAUUUUAAAAACGAUUUUGUGUAAGUGCCUAUUUCCCAAAAAUGAGUAUUAAGCCUUAGUUCUUACGAUAGAAGAUGGCAAUGCUAUUCGAUGGCUUACAGCCAGGGUGGAGUAGGUCCAUUGUGAGUUGUCUGCUGGCUUUGAUUAUGCUCUCUUGUUCUCAUCAAAUUUCCUCUAAAACGGUUCUCUCAUGGAGAACAUUCAGGAAGGGAGAGCCCUAUUCAAGGCUAAGUGUCUACUCUCAGGGACCAUGAGCAAACUUGGCAUUUUAUGAUGACAGAUCAGAAUAUUCUGAGUCAUUUUCCUACUUAUUUUUCAUAAAACAGUACAGUCACAUGGUGUUUCAACAACAGAAGCCAACAGUAGUCUCAUUUUGUGUACACCACAUCUGUUGAAUGUGUCAUUUUCUCUUGUGCUUGAUUAAAUCUCAUGUUUUAUUUGUUAUGGCCCCCAAACAUACAAGAUGUUGACAGUUGUCAUCUGGUGACUGAUCCAGAAAUGAAAUUAAAAGUGAUCAAGGACAAUGAAGUAGGGGUGGAGUCACUAGUGGCUAUUGCUUGUGAAGUCGGCCAUUCCAGCAUAGCUCCACCCUCAAAGAACAAGAACGAAUGUGACCUAAGCUGUUGGACCAUCUGCUUCACUCAAGGCAGUAGGUUAGACUAAGUCAAGAAAGGUCAGCAUCAGAUCUGGAGAACCUUGUUAUGACCUGAUUCGACACAAAUGUAUCCUCAACACCAGAAUGACCACUGCCAAAGCAGGCUUUGUCUGCAACAUUGAAAGAGAAGACUGGACCUGACCAGGGUAUUGAAGUUACUGAGCUCUGGGUGGUCUAAAAUGACUCAGUAAUUGUUAGCAAAUGCAAAAGUGAGUGAUGAACCUGCAAACUCGAGUGUGAAGUAGCUGACUACGUUUUAAAAGCUUGAAAAGCUUAUUGUGGAGGGCAGUUACUGCCAGAGCAAACCCUCUUCUAUCUAGGUUUAUAGAAAACACAUCCUCUGAUAUUUGCACAGUGAUGAAGUCACCUGGCAGUACGGUCACCUGAUGACUCAUUUCUUGGACUAUAUCCCAGUUAAGUGAUAGUAUAACUAUCAUCAGACUGCCAAAUACUGUUCAGGCUGCCCCUUUUUAAAAAUGGACAGUUGUUUUCAUUUAUCAUUAGGCAUUGGUAACAAAAUACCUUAUUUGCUUGUUUUGUUUUCCAAGACAGGGUUUCUCUGUGUAGCCCUAGCUGUCCUGGAACUCACUCUGUAGACCUGACUGGCCUUGAACUCGUAGAGAUCCACCUACUUCUGCCUCCCCAAUGUUGGGGUGAAGGGCAUGUGCAACAAAAUACCUUUGAUUGUAAUUUACAAUAGAAAAAGUAGCAGGCAAUGAUGUGAAAGGAUGAUUGAAGCAGAAGGAUCAUAGUGAGUUUGAGAUCAGCCUGGGCUAUAGAGUAAAACUGUCUUUAAAAAAAGAAAAUCUAGCUCUGUAAGCUGAGACGUUUUAAAGUCCUUUUUAGGGCACUAGUCUCAUUCAUGAAGACAAUCAUAAGUGAAUCAACAUCUCACAUCUUCAUAAAGCUGCUUUGUGGAUAGUUUCAACAUAAUGCACCGGAAGGGGACAUAGACAUGAACAUUCAGACCCCAGCAUCAACCCACUUUAAAAGGACAUUCCCAAUAAAGCAGUAAUGUCAGAGCUGGCCCCAUACUCCCGUGCCAUUCUUUGUACCCGCUUUUUCCCUAGCGUACUGAUAAUGCCCCCAUUGCCUUGAACCCUAUCUAAUGCUUGUGUAUCACAGUGCCUCAAGAUUGCUUAGCCACCCUUCAGAAUUGGCUGCCUUGGUAUAUUACACAGACUUUGUUGCAUUAUUUUUCUUGGGGACAGGACAAUAGUAGACCAAAGAUUCCAUUGAAGCCCCGCUUGAUGGGCCCAUAAGUUUAUCAGAAUUACUAACAGGAGCAGGGAUAACUGACAGCUACAGUUGAGGAACAACAGCCUAGGCGAGGACUCACGAAAGCACCUCUGCAUGUUUGAAGAGUUUCUUCUAGGCAAGUGUGUACUGUUUAUGUAACCCUGGAAGGGGUCUUUGGUCAUAAAUUUCAGAGUCGUCUACCUCCUCGUGAAACAAGAUGUUAAUAAGUUGUCAUCAAGUGACUGACCCAGAAACGAAAUGAAAAGUGAUCAAGGACUGAAGGAGGAGAAAAGUCACUGAUGGGCUAUAGCUUAUGAAGUCGGCCGCUCCACCAUAGCUCCACAAAGAACAAGAACAGAUGUGACAGGCCAUUGGAGCAUCUGCUUCAUUGAAGGCAAUGAGUUUCGUGAGCCUCCCUGCUGUUUCUAUGAAUAGGAAUUAGCUGUACAAUAAACAUCCAGCUCACACUCAAGUGUGAUUAGUUGAUAAACCUCUGUUAACUACAUUGCAAAAAUUCUUAGAAAAAAAAUUUAAUGUGUA